AUGGCGCCGCUCCAGCAGACGAAGAAGCGGCCGUUGGGGUUCACCAAGAACGUGUCCGGCGGGAAUUCCAAAAGCUCGACGUGCUCCUCCCGCGCGGCCUUCGUGCCCUCGAUGAGCUCCUGGGCCGUCUGGCGCCGGCCCGGCGACGGCCGGAGGCCCUCCUCGAGCUCCUCGGGCGUGUCCGUGUGGCGCGACGACCGCCCGAAGAUCGUGCGCCCGACGGACGACCGCCGCAUCAUGCCGAGCACGGAGCUCCGCCGCUUCUUCGACGUGGACCGGGACCGCGAGCUCGGCGCGCCCCGCUUCGUGACGGGCACGGGCGAGUGGCGCGGGUUCCGCGACGACGGCGCCGCGCGGGACGUCGACGCUCCCGUGCGGCUCGAGGCCUUGUGGUGCGCGGACGCGAGGCCCGCCAUGCCCAUGACCUCGACCUUCUCCUCCGCGUGGCGCAUCGUCGGCAAAAAGCCCCGCGUGAUGUCGUUCGUCAGGGCGUCCAUGGCGUCGAGCGCCAUGUCGUCCUCGUGGUCCGCCGGGGGCACGACGAACUCGUCGCCGCGGUUCAGGGGGUCCGACACGCGCCACGAGCCGAACGUGGACCGGAUGUGGUUGAACGCGCCGAUGAUCGUCACGUUCCGCGUGGCCUUGGUCCACUGGCCGCGCGCCCGCGUCGGCACGACGACGGAGCCGGCGAAGGGCAUGGCCGUCGGGCCGUGCGGCGAGUCCGCGGCCUCGUCGUCGUCGCUGUCGUGA